UGGUACAGAAUUAAGCAAACCGUGAUUGAUCGUGUACUCCAGCAGGUGGCAGUAUGCACCUUAAACGUUUGCUUGCUGAGCGCUAAUAUACUAGAGAAGAAGAAGUUAGCUAGCUAGUUAUUCGGCCACCUCGGUAGCUUGCUAGCCAAUAUAACCGAAACAAUAAAGCUCUUUAGACGCUUUAGUGUAUAUUAGUCACUGUGUUUUAACCCCACUUCUGUCGUCUAGUUAGUUAGUUAUCCGAUUUCAUAUUUACGGUGUUGUUAUUAGUCAGCUAGCGGGCUUGUUAAGUUAGCAUUAGCCUAGCUAGCUAGCUGUCUCGUUAAGUUAGCAUUAGCCUAGCUAGCUAGCUGUCUCGUUAAGUUAGCAUUAGCCUAGCUAGCUAGCUGUCUCGUUAAGUUAGCAUUAGCCUAGCUAGCUAGCUGUUAGCUAACAUCCCCGACCAUGAGUUCACCAAGCUACUCGUCUCCUGUUGAAGAAGAGGAGGUCUGCUGGACGGAGAAAGAAGGUCUGUGGCUGAACGUUGUCGUGAAAGAGGAGAAGGAAGAAGAGGAUGUGAAAGUAACAAAAGUAGAGGAUGAGGCUGUUACAGUGAAAGAAGAAGAGAAAGACGUUUCAGUGAAAGAAGAGGAAGACGCGUUCAGAGUGAAAGAGGGGGAAGCAGUGUUUGCAGAGGAGGGGGAGGUAGCUGUCACAUCGAAAAAAGAGCAGGAGGAAACGGGAGGAGAGAGACGUGACUAUCGUGGAUCCUCUGGGGAGCCUCAACAACCUCAUGAUGCUGACGAGGCAGAGAAGAGUCUCUCCAGAUCAGAACUCCUCAAUAAACACCUGCAGAGAUCCACAGGAAAGAAACCUCACCGCUGCUCUGACUGUGGGAAGAGUUUUUCAACAUCACAGUCAUUACAAUAUCACCAAGCAAUUCACACUGGAGAGGGAACCUAUGACUGUGAUGUAUGUGGAAUGACCUUUACUUCCUCGAGUGAACUGAUUUUACACCAGAGAACACACCACACGCAUUCCAGAGAGCCAUACCACUGCUCUGACCGUGGGAAGAGAUUUGUUUCAUCAAGCAGCCUAAAACAACACCAGAGAGAAUGCACAGGAGAGAAGCCUUAUAGCUGUGAUGUAUGUGGGAAAUAUUGUGUUACGUCAGCAUCUCUGGCUGUACACCAGCGAACCCACACUGGAGAAAGACCUUACCACUGCUCUGACUGUGGCAAGAGGUUUGUUAGGUCAGAACAUUUAAAAUCCCACCAGAGAACACACACAAGAGCCAAGCCAUAUGUCUGUGAUCAGUGUGGGAAGGGAUUCACUCAAAUCGGUACUCUGGCUUCACACCAGAGAACUCACACCGGAGAGAAGCCUUAUAGCUGUGAUCAGUGUGGGAAGACAUUCACUCAGUCAGGAAGCCUGACUAUACACAAGCUAACACACACUCAAGAGAGGCCUCACCACUGCUCUGACUGUGGGAAGAGUUUCCCUUUUAUUGGGACUUUAACACGUCACAAGCGAAUCCACACAGGAGAGAAACCUUACGGCUGUGCUGUAUGUGGGAAGAGUUUUACUACAUCAGGCAACUUGAUAUCACACCAGAGAACACACACAGGAGAGAAACCUUAUAUCUGUGUUCAAUGUGGGAAGAGAUACUCUGAUAAAAGAUACCUGAUUAAACAUCAGAAAAUACAUGCAGGAGAUCCACAGAGUGUAGAAUGACCUCCAACACCAGACCUGGGUAGUAGAACACAGAGUGUAGAAGGAUCUCCAACACCAGACCUGGGUAGUAGAACACAGAGUGUGGAAUGAUCUCCAACACCAGACCUGGGUAGUAGAACACAGAGUGUAGAACGACCUCCAACACCAGACCUGGGUAGUAGAACACAGAGUGGAAUGGCGCCGGAGAAGAAGCCUCCAACCAAUUGUGUUUUGUUGUUUGUAACUUAUUUUUUUAAACUUAUUUUGUACAUAAUGUUGCUCUCUUAUGACAUUUAAUAACUUCUCGACAUCAGGACUGCUAUUACUCACCACGGACUAGCAGAAUAGACGAGCGACGAUAUACUGCUUUCUCGGGAACAGGCCCAGAUCCCCGUGAUUUGCGUGAAGAGGAGGGGGAGAAAAAGGGGCCAGAGGGCGGGCUGCCUUCUGAGAAUUCGUAGGCGAUCGAAUAAACCCCCACUUCCUUGCAUUCUGCUAGCAAACAUGCUUUUUCUCUGGAGAAUAAAAUAGAUGACCAAGAUUAAACUACCAACGAGACAUUCAGGUGUAAUUCAAAACUGUAAUAUCUGAUGCUUUACUGAGUCGUGGAACGAUGACAUUAUCAACAUACAGCUGGCUGGUUACUGCACCGGCAGGAUAGUGCGGCGGACUAUGUAUUUUUUGUAAAUAACAGCUGGUGCACGAAAUCUAAGGAAAUCUCGAGCUAUUGCUCACCUGAGGUAGAGUAUCUCAUGAUAAGCUGUAGACCACACUAUCUACCUAGAGAGUUUUAAUCUAUAUUCUUUAACUGUAAACAGCUAGAGGCACUAAGACAGCAUUGAAUGAGCUGUAUUCCGCCAUAAGCUCACCCAGAGGCGGCGCUUCCAGUAGCCGAGGACUUUAAUGCAGGGAAACUUAAAUCAGCUUUACCACAUUUCUAUCAGCAUGUUAAAUUUUCAACCAGAGGGAGAAAAAAAUUCUAGAUCACCUUUUUUCCACACAUAGAGACACGCACAAAGCUCUCCCUCACCCUCCAGUUGGCAAAUCUGACCACAACUCUAUCCUCCUGAUUUCUGCUUACAAGCAAAAAUGAAAGCAGGAAGCACCAGUGACUAGAUAAAUAAAAAACUGAUCAGAUGCUAAGCUACAGUGACUGGAAUGAACUACAAAAAUCUCUGAAACUGGUAACACCUAUCUCCCUCACUAGCUUUAAGCACCAGCUGUCAGAGCAGCUCAUAGAUUACUGCACCUGUACAUAACCCAUCUACAAUUUAGCCCAAACAACUACCUCUUUACCUACUGUAUUUAUUUAUUAAUUUAUUUUGCUCCUUUGCACCCCAUUAUUUCUGUCUCUACUUUGCACUUUCUUCCAAUGCAAACCAACCAUUCCAGUGUUUUUUUUUAGUUUUUAUUUUACUUGCUGUGUUGUACUCACUUCGCCUCCAUGGCCUUUUUAUAUUUUUAUUUAUUUAUACAUAUAUCUGUUUGCCUUCACCUCCCUUAUCUCACCUCACUUGCUCACAUUGUAUAUAGACUUAUUUUUUUUCACUGUAUUAUUGACUAUAUGUUUGUUUUUACUCCAUGUGUAACUAUGUGUUGUUGUAUGUGUCGAACUGCUUUGCUUUAUCUUGGCCAGGUCGCAAUUGUAAAUGAGAACGUGUUCUCAAUUUGCCUACCUGGUUAAAUAAAGGUUAAAUAAAAUAAAUAAAUAAAUAAAAGCAGGAAGCACCAGUGACUAGAUCAAUAAAAAAGUGGUCAGAUGCUAAGCUACAGGUUUGCACAAACUGGAAUAUGUUCUGGGAUUCCUCCGAUGGCAUUGAGGAGAACACCACAUCAGUCACUAGCUUUAUCAAUAAGUGCAUUGAGGACGUCGUCCCCACAGUGACAUACCCCAACCCCAUACCCCAACCAGAAGCCAUGAAUUAUUGAGAUAAAGGCUAGAGCUGCCGCUUUCAAGGAGCGGGACUUAACCCGGAAGCUUAUAAGAAAUCCCGCUAUGCCCUCCGAUGAACCAUCAAACAGGCAAAGCAUCAAUACAGGACUAACAUCGAAUCGUACUACACCGGCUCUGACGCUCGUCGGAUGCUCAGGGCUUGACAACUAUUACAAACUACAAAGGGAAGCACAGCCGAGAGCUGCCCAGUGACACGAGCCUACCAGACGAGUUAAACUACCUCUAUGCUCUCUUCAAGGCAAAUAACACUGAAACAUGCAUCAAAUCAAGUUUAUUUUAUAUAGCCCUUCGUACAUCAGCUAAUAUCUCGAAGUGCUGUACAAAAACCCAGCCUAAAACCCCAAACAGCAAGCAAUGCAGGUGUAGAAGCACGGUGGCUAGGAAAAACUCCCUAGAAAGGCCUAAACCUAGGAAGAAACCUAGAGAGAAACCAGGCUAUGAGGGGUGGCCAGUCCUCUUCUGGCUGUGCCGGGUGGAGAUUAUAACAGAACAUGGCCAAGAUGUUCAAAUGUUCAUAAAUGACCAGCAUGGUCAAAUAAUAAUCAUAGUGAGAGCACCGGUUGUUCUGGAAGACUGUGCCGCAGCCGAUGUGAGUAAGACCUUUAAACAGGUCAACAUUCACAAGGCCACAGGACCAGAUGGAUUACCAGGAUGUGUACUCUGAGCAUGCACUGACCAAUUGGCAAGUGUCUUCACUGACAUUUUCAACCUCUCCAACUUCAUGGACACGCCCAUCAACUUCAGGGACACGCCCAUCAACUUCAGGGACACGCCCAUCAACUUCGGGACACGCCCAUCAACUCCAGGGACACGCCCAUCAACUUCAGGGACACGCCCAUCAACUUCAGGGACACGCCCAUCAACUUCAGGGACACGCCCAUCAACUUCAGGGACACGCCCAUCAACUUCAGGGACACGCCCAUCAACUUCAGGGACACGGCCAUCAACUUCGGGACACGCCCAUCAACUUCGGGACACGCCCAUCAACUUCGGGACACGCCCAUCAACUUCAGGGACACGCCCAUCAACUUCAGGGACACGCCCAUCAACUUCAGGGACACGCCCAUCAACUUCAGGGACACAAUUGUAACUUGAAUGAUUCAAUUCAUGUUCCACUUUUAAAUAAAAAAAAUAAGCAUGACAUUCAAAUUGCCAAAUCCCCCCCUGUCGUUUUACACGAUAUAAACCCAAAUAACAGUUAAACAUUUAAUUUGGAAAGUAUUUUAUCUGUUACAAGUGUCAAGUCAAAAAAUCUGCCAUAAAUAAAAUGCACGUGAAAUAUAAUUAGGUACACCUGUCCAUUCUUUUACGUUAAAUUGAGCAAACUCCAAAAUAACGCAGUGCUUUACGGGAUUAUUUUCUGUGUGUAAACAUUUUGCAUAACCCCCAGACUCUGCUAGAAUCAGUCCACUACAUGUGU